AUGUGUUGGCUCAAGAGCUUCCAGAAGGAUCGACAAACGCCAACACUUUAUCUUUUUCAUCCUAAAAGUGAACGAAUGCGUAUAUGGGCAAUAGCACGACGUUUUGGAGUCACCCCAUGGACAAAGUCACUAUUCGUAUCCUCUCAGACAAGUCAAUGUAUCGAUUCGAGAAGAUCGAAAUGCAUGAUUGGACUCGAGCAGUAUGGAAUUAUCAACCGGCUGCGCUGCGCCGAUGAAACAGGAGAGAAGAUCGAAUGCAUGAUCACUGUUCUCUGGAAAGUUACGAUGAACCUUGAUGGGGUACUCCACGAGUCAACAGAACGACAACUCGUUACCGAUAAAUGGCAGAGUAGAUUCCUAGUGUUUAUUUCUAACAUCCUGCUACAUAUAGAGACUGAUGACUGCAAUUUCGUCCCGGCCCAUUCCAAAGCAUGUUUUCCCACGAAAACCUUUGUUACACAGGUACGAUAUGACAAAGAAGGGCGUCGAAUUGCGAAUAUCAUGGCAUCGGAGCCAAGAGUACUUUUACAAUUGAAGAGAGAAGAAUUAAAAGAACGAGAAAAACAAAUCAUGGAAAAAUUGGAAAGACUGAAGGAAAUUCGAAAUGCAGUUAAAAGAAAGCUAUGCGAAGAGAAUUCUAAGGGUAGCGGCGAAGGACACAAUUUUACACAAGGAAUGGAUGCCUCUGUUGAAAAAUGCUGA